UUCCCCGGGUGGCCCUCCCCGAGCGCCCUCAUGUUCCUCACGCUGCUCUGCGUCGCCUUGCUGGAGCAGCUGCUUAUUUACCAGGUCGGCGUCAUCCCCAGCCAGUACUACGAGGUCCUGGGGAGCAAGGACUUCUCCGGGUUCAAAACGCUGACUGCUGUUGCCCUGACGCUGAUCGUAGUAAACGCCACGCUAAAAAGCUUCGACCAGUUUAUCUGCAACAUGAUGUACGUGAGCUGGAGGAAAUCCCUCACCGAGUACCUCCACAGCUGCUACUUCCAGGGCCAGGUCUACUACAGCCUGCACGUGCUGCGUGAGGACAUCGAUAAUCCGGACCAGCGCAUCAGCCAGGAUGUGGAGAGGUUCUGCAAGCAGCUCAGCUCCAUGGCCAGCAAGCUCAUCAUCUCACCCUUCACACUGGCCUACUACACGUACCAGUGCUUCCACAGCACAGGCUGGCUAGGUCCCGUGAGCAUCUUUGGGUACUUCGUCAUUGGGACGAUUGUCAAUAAGGUAUUGAUGAGCCCAAUUGUGUCUAAACUUGUGCAGCAGGAAAAACUGGAGGGGGAUUUCAGGUUCAAGCACAUGCAGAUUCGUGUCAAUGCGGAACCAGCUGCUUUCUACAGGGCUGGGCGAGUGGAGCACAUGCGCACGGACCGGAGGCUGCAGAGCCUGCUGCAGACCCAGAGGGAGCUGAUAGGCAAGGAGCUGUGGCUAUACAUUGGGGUCAACACCUUUGACUACCUGGGCAGCAUCCUGAGCUACGUCGUCAUUGCCAUUCCCAUCUUCUCUGGGGUCUACGGUGACCUGAGUCCAACAGAGCUCAGCGCCCUGGUCAGCAAGAAUGCCUUUGUGUCCAUCUACCUCAUCAGCUGCUUCAGCCAGCUCAUAGACCUCUCCAGCACCCUGACCGACGUGGCUGGCUACACACACAGGAUUGGUGAACUGCAGGAGACCCUGCUGAGCCUUGGCAGAAAACAAAAUGAUAACUACUCCGAAGCCAAAGCCAGCUGGGAUUUGGAUGGCAGCCAUUCCGGGGAGGAACCAAGGGACACAGCUUUCCUUCUGGAGCGAGUGAUGCUCUCGGUGCCAUCAUCUGGCAAGCUGCUCAUCAAGGACCUGAGCCUCAGGAUCUCGCAAGGAAACAGCAUAUUGAUUGUGGGGAACACUGGCACGGGGAAGACCUCCCUGCUGAGGGUCCUCGGGGGACUCUGGGAGAGCACACGGGGGAGCAUCAAGAUGCUGACCUGCUUUGGCCCCCGGGGAGUGGUGUUCCUGCCACAGCGGCCCUUCUUCACCGACGGAAGCCUGCGCGAGCAGGUGAUCUAUCCCCUGAAGGAGAUCUAUCCGGUUUCAGGGUCUGCAGAUGAUGAGAGAAUUGUGCGAUUCCUGGAGCUGGCUGGGCUGACUGAUUUGCUAGCGAGGGCUGGAGGACUGGAUGAGCCGGUGGACUGGAACUGGUAUGACAUCCUGUCCCCAGGGGAGAUGCAGAGGCUCUCGUUCGCACGGCUCUUCUACCUCCAGCCAAAAUAUGCGGUGCUAGAUGAAGCCACCAGCGCCCUGACAGAAGAGGUGGAGCAUGAACUGUACCGUGUGUGCCUUCAGCUGGGCAUGACGCUGGUCAGCGUGGGACACAGGGCCAGCCUGGAAAAGUUCCAUAGCUGGAUUUUGAAACUUCACGGGGAGGGAAGAUGGGAGCUCAUGCGGUGUGAGAAGCUGAAGCGGCUCCCAGCUGGGGAAGGAUGCUGA